AUGAACGAUAUGGUUUUUGGAGAGAGGAGAGCGGAAGGACGACUCACCGGGGAGAUCCCACGGCUCGCACUUGUUGAGGUCAACGUCAACCAUCAUCGGAAAGCUCCCGCCGCCGCCGUCGGUAGCCUUGGCGGCGAGGUAGUCGCUGACGAGCUCCUCAUCUCUGGGGUGGAACCGGAAUCCUGGCGGCAGCCUCUCCUCCACCAUCCGCAGGAGGCUCAUCUUUCCGGAGCAGGCAGAGAGAGAGAGAGAGAGAGAGAGAGAGAGGGGGGCUGA